AAAACAUACUACGUGACAGAUCUGUCAAUGGUUGUCUAAUGCAUUUCUCUAUUUCUCUUUUCUAUUCGCCUCAAUCGAACCGUGAUUAUUUAGGUUCAAGGACAGUGAAAUAAAAAAAUGUGAUGUUCGUGUACGAAAAUUACAUUAAUCAGACUAUAUUUAUAUUUUCUACCUUUCUAAAUUAUUGUGUAUCACGUGAUCGUAUAUUGAAUUUUAAUUGGUUGUCGGUGAGCGUGCCCUGCGCGACGCGAGAGGCGCAAUAAUAGUUUUCCAAAAUGCCGUCGGAAUCUAAACCUUUGUUGGCAGCUCAAACAGAAAAACCUAAUCAUUAUAAGUAUCUAAAGGAAUUUCGAGUGGAGCAAUGUCCAUCGUUUCUACAACACAAAUGUACUCAACAUAGACCUUUCACAUGUUUUCAUUGGCAUUUUAAUAAUCAGAGAAGAAGGAGACCUGUAAGAAAAAGAGAUGGGUCGUUUAAUUAUAGUGCGGAUAACUAUUGUACCAAAUAUAAUGAAACAUCGGGUAUUUGCGAGGAUGGUGACGAGUGCCCGUACCUGCACCGCACGGCGGGCGACACGGAGCGGCGCUACCACCUGCGCUACUACAAGACGUGCAUGUGCGUGCACGACACGGACGCGCGCGGCCAGUGCGCCAAGAACGGCGCGCACUGCGCGUUCGCGCACGGCGCGCCCGACCUGCGGCCGCCCGUGCUGGACGCGCGCGAGCUGCUCGCGCUCGACCCCGACGCGCCCGACCACCCCGACGCGCCCAACGCGCUCGACAAGGAGCGCAACCUCAUGAACGAGGACCCCAAGUGGCAAGACACAAAUUAUGUAUUAUCGUCAUAUAAAACGGAACCAUGUAAAAGACCACCUAGGUUAUGUAGACAAGGGUAUGCGUGCCCACAAUACCACAAUAGUAAAGAUAAACGUAGGUCUCCAAGAAAAUAUAAAUAUCGUAGUACACCAUGUCCUAAUGUAAAACAUGGAGAAGAAUGGGGCGAGCCUAGUAAUUGUGAAGCAGGAGACGGGUGUGGCUACUGUCAUACACGCACUGAGCAACAGUUCCACCCCGAGAUAUACAAAUCCACCAAAUGUAAUGACGUACAGCAAGCGGGUUAUUGUCCUAGAGGACUAUUUUGCGCUUUUGCACACGUUGAACCCGAAGACUUAAGUGCCGCUCGUGAACUCGCAGCACCCUUGGAAUGCGGCACCAACUUAGCUGAGUUACUAUCGUCCGCGUUGCCGCCUGAUAAAAAAGUGAACGAGAAUAGCGUGAGCAUGCUGGGCAAUGUCCUGAGCUUAGAUCGCGUGCGGCCGCUGUCGCCGGCCGGCAUGCUGCAGACCAACGGCAGCGGCGAUGGCUCCGAGUGCGCGUCCACGUCCAGCGGCGGCUCGAGCGGCGGCCGCGCGCCCGGCCCGCGCCCCGCGCCGCUGCAGCCGCCGCAAGACAAGCCGCUGUCCGCCGUCUGGCCACAGCGCGCCUCCACCUUCGACGCGACCGUGCUGCAGGAAGUGGUCGGCAACGCGCUCGACGACCUGCACCUCGAGGACCCGCUGAAUCUCGUCGCGUCACUCGACCGCGACCUGUCCGACGGCGAGGGCUUGCUCGGCGGCUCGGCACCGGUCAACAUCCCGCAGGCGCGGCCCGCGAUCCGCGGCUUCAGCCCGCCCGCGGGCGGCUCGCCGCUGACGCCGUUCCUCCGGUACGCGCAGAACGACACAGAGCGGCUGUUCAACUCGCACGCCGUGAAGGCGGGCAGCUUCGGCGCGGCCGGCGCGGCGCCGUUCGAGUACUCGGCGACGUCGCCGUCGGCGCCGGCGGAGCUGUCGCGGCUGCGCGAGGAGCUGGUGGCGACGCGCGCCGCCGCCGUGCACUGGGACGAGCGCAUCGCGCAGGCGCGGUCGGCGUGCGAGGCGUGGCAGCGCGAGACGGACGAGGCGCAGCGCAAGGCGGCGCUGGCCGAGCGGCAGCGCGACGACGCGCUGGCGCACGCCAUGACGCUGCGGCGCGAGCUGGAGUCGGCGCGCGCGGGCGCCAUGGCCGGCGUGGGGCUGGCCGGCGCCGGCCGCCGCGAGCUGCGCGGCUUGCCCAUCAACACGCUGAAGGACCUGCUGGUGCAGGCGCGCGCCGACUUGGAGGAAAUCGAGAAGGUUCUGUACCUGGAGACGGCUACCAAGUGUAUGGUGUGCGAGGAGCAGCCGCGCAGCGUCACGCUCGGCCCGUGCAACCACUACGUGCUCUGCGAGGGCUGCUCGGCUACCACCAAGGAGUGCCCCUACUGCCAGACGCCCGUGCAGCAGCAGCAUCACUAGUAGGGAAAUGUUUGGGCGUUGCGAGUUGUAGGUUGCAUGUCGUGCUUCGUGGUGUGUAAGUCCCGUUCGGUUGUGCGGAUUAAGAUUCGCAGUGGUUUGCUGCGAGCGGAGGAGCAGUCGCAGCGAGUAACACGUUCGGCUCGCUCAGCCGCUCGCCGGGUGGUCGCUCUCUACUUACGUAGUCUGACGAAAGAGUAAUCCCGCUGGUGUUUCGGGCUAUUUAUUGAUCAAAAUAAAUACUUUCCUUGAUAUUUUUAUAUAUGGGUAAAAUGGGGUCUAAAGGGGUAUAUAACUCGAUAAUAACUAUAGGAUAUUUAAUUUUAGUGAAAAGAGCAAGACUUAUUCUGGUAAAAUUAUUGGAUGAAAUUAAUAAAGCAUGAAUUAGGAAUUUUCGAAUUAACUGCCACUGUCAUUUACAUGAAUAAUAAAUAUAAGAUAGAUAUUUCCAUACCUGUUUGCCGCUAUCCUAUAUAGGUAGAGAAGAAUAUUAACCAAUCUCGUACACAUCUAAACGAAGCCAACUCUUUAUAUCUACUCUGAUGGGUAGCUUUAACACUAACUACAAAAAUAUUAAUAAUAUUAACCAAUAUUCAAUUAUUUAGAAGCUAUCUCUGCUUUUAUAAAUGAAUUAGUAUUCGAUUUAGUGGACUUGUUGUAAUCAUAACACCAAAGUCGUAUUGUAUAUCGUUACAACAAGAGGCGUAAAUUUUGUAUACACAUAUUACUAAAAUAUGUAUUGAAUAUUUUCAUAAAUUAUAAAUGUAUUUAGUGCAUGAAUAAGAAACAUGCUGUAGAAGUUAACAAAGAGGAUAACUAUGCUUUUAAACUAAUUUCGUUUAUUUAGGUCAUGUGUCAGUCGGCUCGUUGCUUUCACGGACGUGUGUUUAAUUACAAAAUAAAUAGUAUAGCUAUUUUUGACAUUUAUGAAGUCUUGAGCAUAACCUUUUGUGGUCGUGCUUUCAGCAAUUAUCAUAAAAUUUAUAGGAUUCGUAUAGAAUUGAUUGUAUUGAGAGUAAAAUGGUUUUGAUUGUAUUAUAUGGAUGUUGAUGGAAGCAAGGCCACGGUAUAUCAUUAGUGAUAUAAUUGCAGUAGAUUUAGUUUUGUAUGGAUAUUAAAACAGAUUAUGUAUGUUCCACAUUUAUUAUAUAUAACAAUAUAAUCGGAAGUUGUUACUUGUUAUGUUUUCUACAUUUUUAAUUGAACAAUUUGUCUGUAGGCGAAAGUGUGAGGUUCUUCAGUUGUUUUAAUGCACAAGUUUUGUUUUUCUCGUUCACGUCAAAGUUAGUCACCUAAGGACCAAUAUUAAUAUAUCGAAUAUUGUAAGUAAAGAAGUUACAGGCAUCAACUCUACUGCUCUUCGCCCCAUUUUGGGAAUUCUAAACCGAUUUCGAUAUCUGUAUUUUUGGAAUUAUUUUCUGUAAUGAACUACAGUGUGUAAUGAAUAUAUAGUUGGGUGAUACGAAUGGACGACAAUCUGUUUAUAUUAUGUGAAUUUGAUCUAAACUGUAUUGAUGCAAAUGAGGGUACUGAUCGAGUUGUUCGUUUAGAUCCUACAGCAUUUUAUGUUUACAUUCCCAACUAAUAAUUAGCUAUCUCUUUUUUUUUAACUCAUGGUGUGGGUAAAGGUAGUGAUUGCAUUUAGUGAAAUUAUACCAACCGACUAGACCUCCCGUGUUGGAGGACAAUUUUUUUUAAAUAGCGAACAAUGUUUUUUUUUUUUUUGUACAAUAAUGUUUGUGUGGGCUAGGCAUUCAAAAUGGAACAAGUGUAAUCUCACCAUUAGGUAUUUGUAUUUAACAAAUUUGCACAAGCCUAUUAUAAGCAAUCAAUUGGGUGUAUAGAGAAGUAGCGAUCUUCCCUUAUAUACGCUUAUUGACAAUCGCUAAUGCAAAAUAAGGCAAGGUAGGCGUGCGAAUUUUUUUUUUAUUUUUUUUAUCUCUUUCCGAGUACCGUCUUUUGGGUCAGCAUCACAGAGAAUUGUCAGAUGGGAAUUCUCGGUCAAAUACAUCACGUAUUGCACCGUGCGGUGCAUCUAUGUAUUUCUAAAUACUAUACGAACGCAUUUUGUAUAACUUUAUUUUCAAUUUUACUAUUUUAAAAAUAUUAUAACAAUAUUUAUAUAUAUAUAUAUAUUGAAAAUCUUGAGAAGUUUUGUAUCGGUAUAUUAUAAUAGUAAUAACAAAUUAAACUUAGUAUUAAUGACUUAGAUAUAAGUAGUGUUUUCAAAUUGUAAUGGACAUUAUUUUAAGUGUGUAGCCGCAUCGAUGUAUAGUAAUCAGAAGCAAUAUGACCACAGCCGCCUUUUACACAAUAUACAGAUCGGUGUUUGAGCGGGAGUCCGCGAGGAGUGGUGCGCUCGGCGAACAAUCUAUACUAUAUAUAUUAUAAAGAGAAUACAUUGUUUCAUUUGGUUGUAAUGGAUAAACUCGAGAACUAUUCAACCGAUUUAAAAAAAAAAAUCUUGCACCUAUAAAGAGUUAUAUUAUCAACGAUGUACAUUUUCGGAAAUUCUAUCUACUAGUAUGAAGACGGGUCGGAUCGCUAGUUGCGUAUUUUGUUUUUGUAUGGCUAAAUAAGAACCUAUUAUCAUAUAGAAAUUUUGCUUGGGACGAUUUAUUUAUUUAUAAAUUAAAAUUUUAUCACAGGUGAUUUUCUAAUAUUAACACGACAUGGUAUGAAAUUACAAUAACAUGUUCAGAGGUGAACGAGAGAAGUUGUACCGUGUGCCGCGUGAGUUCUAACGUCAAAUGGCGAUCCGAAACAAACGGAAACAAAACUGAACUUUACGUCAAUAAGGUCGAUUCUAAGGGGUCAUGUCUCGAAACAUCUCUUAAUCUAAUACUUUAGUAGUUACACGGAAUCCCUGUUUUAUUGAGCAUCAUAAACUAAAUUUAUAAUAAUUUUAAUUUUUUUAGAAAUUUAGUUCAUGUUGGUACUUCGAAUAAAGAUUUCGCUGUGAUAUGAAAUUGAAUUUUUAAUUUUGAAGAUAGGAUUAGAGAACGGACGCCUCAGAAUCGACUCUGUUGUUUUAAAGCUUAUAAUAAAAUAAAACGCAGUGUACAAGUAUUAGAAUUCAUGUCGUGGACUCUCGCUCCUUAAUAUUAUGUCGACAUAGCACAUUUUGUAUUGUUAGAACGCAAUAAUAGAUGACUUGUGGAAUAAAGUCAAUAGUGGAAAGAAGUGCUGAUUUUUUUAUUAAUAAAUAUACAACAAAAUUCGGCUAGAAAUAAAAGAAUUGCACUCGAGUGAAUUAAAAGAAAUGUCUGUAGUCUCUUGUGCAAUAAUAUGUUAGGAAAUACGAUCAUGUCUCCUCUUACAGAAGCAUAUUAAAAUGGCUCCCGAUUCGUCAACGUCGUGAUUUUCAUCUUUUAUCUUUCCUGUAUUCUGUACUGUUUAAUUCCUCCUUCCCAUCUUAUCUUUGUGAACGUUUCACUUUCCUUGACCCCACUGGCAUGUCCAGUAGGUCGAGUCUCCUCAUGCUAUAGUGGAUCAUUUACGGUUCAUGCGGCUAGACUAUGGAACUCUCUUCCACUGCAUAUUCGUGAGAGUCAAUCGCUGAAUAUAUUCAAGAGCACAUUAAAAGAGCAUCUUCUGUCCUCAUAAACUUACUAUGUCUGUGUAUGUAUAUGUACUUAUUUUGUAUGUAAAGAGAUAUGUUUAUGUAUAUAUGUAUAUGUAUUAUUGUAUACAGAUAUGUAUUUAUUUUAAUUUUAAUUGUAUGAGUUACUUAUAUAUGUAUGUCAACAUAUUUAUUAUUUUUUAAUAGAAACAUCUAUAAUGUUUCCUUCUAUUAUUGUACGCAUACUGCCCGCUAGUACUUAAUGCUCCUUUCCACUCAGGGUUUGCUAAAAGAGAAUUCUUACAGAGUUAAGCUCGCCUGUUGUACAUAUUUAUUUUAUAUAUAUAUAUAUGUAUAUAUAUAUGUAUAUAUAUAUGUAUAUAUAUAUGUAUAUGUAUAUAUAUAUAUAUAUAUAUAUAUAUAUAUAUAUAUAUAUAUAUAUAUAUAUAUAUAUAUAUUAUAUGUUGUAAUUUUUUGUGUACAAUAAAGAAUAAAUAAAUAAAUAAAUACAAUACUUUUAGAUUGAAAAUUUGUGAUGUCUGCUGAUGUUACAAUUCUCACGAAUGAAAAUUAUACAGAUGAUAAACACGUAGUGUACAGAUUUUUAGAAACAUUACUAUUGCAAUUUAUUUAUUUCUGGCCAAGUUUUUUUGGAAAUAAUGUGAAUGAGUAGGUAGCAUGUGAUAGGUAUUAGAAAUGUCACAAAUAAGAUCAAGAAUAUAUUUAGUCUCAAAAUUAACGUAUGUCGGAAACAAAAUGUACUGUGUGGCCAUCGCAUAUAUAUAUCUAAAGAUAUAGAAAGUGUAACGGAAAGAGUCGCUUUCAUUAUAAAUUAAAUGGAUUUGUAGGGGGGCAUUCAAAAAAUUAUUUUCAUAUUUCGUACGUAUGUACCUUGAAGAAAGUUGGGGAAUUUUACCGCGGAUUUUGGUAUUGUAAUACGAUUUCCAAAAUUUCUGUUACACUUUGUAUAUACAUAUAUAUAUAUACUAUAUAGCUUGCUAGUAUUUCUAAUGGUUUGAAAUUUAGAGGUGUAUUAGAGACAUAUUUAUUUUUAUAUAGAGUCUUUAUCACAUGGAGAGUGUAGUUUUGUUGAUAAAUUAAUUAAUUAUGCUACGUAUCUUGGAUUAAUAGUUUUUAAAUAACAAAAUAUCAUGUUAAUUUUAUUUGAGUAGCGACGCUAACAUUGUAAUCCUUAUAAAAUUAUGUUAAAAAAAAAAUAUGUACACUGUUAUAUUUUCACGAUUUUAAGGAAUCAUAUUUAAAAUUAUAUAUACAUAACCACAUAAAUGUGUAUCAUGUGUGUGGCGGUCACGUUCAAAUAGACUAUUUACAUAACUUUAUAAUUUGAAUAAAAGAACGUUAAUUUUCUAUAAAUAUAUUGACCUGACAGGCGCGAUGUGGUAUUGUUGUGUUUUUUUUUAUAUAUGGUUUACCUAUUUUAUAAAUUUGUAAUCGAUUUACAGUUUGAAUUUCGUUAUUUUAUUUAGGAUCAAUUUUUUAAAUGCUUCGACGUGUCCUUAUAUGCAUAAUAAUCUUUUUUAUUACUUUAAUUAAUUAAUUAAUUAAUUAAUAUAAUAUUUUUCUUUUAAUUAUUUAAUCUUUAGGUAGGUAGGUUCAACAAAUUCUUUCAAAUUAUUAUUGUUAAAUUAGAAAUAGAUAAUGUUGUAUUAGAAACCAAUUACGCGUUUACCAUCGCUGAAGAUCGAAUGAAUUAUGUUUUAAUUUUUUUUAUAUUUAUUGCUACAAAGAUAUGCAUUCAAGCUUUUCUAUUAAUAUCAUAGUAGGUAUUUUAUAAACAAAUAAUUUUCAAAUCCAUGUGAUCCAAACAUGUAACUGAAAUGAAGAUUAUAAUUAAUAUUAUAAUAGAUAGGUAGGUUUAAUAAAUUUUAAAUUCCAUUCAA